GUGAGCGGUCGAACGAACCUGUGAUGAUGCGUCGUCCGCCAGGGAAGUGCACAACACCCUUUAUCCAGUCGGUGUGAGAAAGCAUCGGUAUUCCUUUUGACAGUAUCUGAAAUCGGAGUCAUGUGGUACCCGGAUAUAUCGCAUUUUGACACGUCUGAAACAUCAUCUCACAGCGGAUUGAAAUGUGUUUCUUAAUCUAUUUUGUGGUUUUAGGGUUGGGAUGUGUCGAGCACGCAAGAGGUUUGUGUCGAUGCCUACGGCCUGUCUCUCAGAUCGUGUCUGAAGCUAACCCCGGCGAGUUGCUCUGCUAUCGCAUCGAGAUUACCAGAAAAUGUUGCGACUCGUCAAGACAAAAUGUGUUGCGCAGUUUUUUCGGCCGCAUCUUUCUUUGUGAUCUAUACAUUUUGAUUUUCACUUUGGCCACUGGUCCUUUCAUCAUUUCCUCAUCGGAAACAACAUCACGAAACGGGAAGACUCGUACAGUAGCUCGACUUUGUAAUAGUACUGUGGGUGUCUAAUGUGGAUAAAUGGACUUGAGCCUGUGACCAUU